CUUUGAUUUUUGAACGUGGAGGGGUGGUAGCUUUUAUUCCUGCAUCUGGCAAUCCCUGACAUGGCUAGUUUGCCAGCAUUCAGAGCAGGGCUGGAUUUCCAGCCUUCUUUCUCCCUUUUGAGUGCAAACAUGAGUGUCAAGGAAAAGCUAAUGAAAGGAUCGGUAGUUGCCGCUAUUAAUAGCCAGUGAGUCACGAAUAGCAUGUAAAAGAGCCUUGAUGGAAGUGUUGGAAGCUAAUUGUUAUCAGAAGACUCGUGCGGGUGGUGGGGAAUGUGGAGCGCGAAGUAAAUGGUGUCUGUGAAGGGAUGUAUAGCGUAAGCAGCGGGUGGAAAGGCAUCAUACGUGUGGCUGCAAAUAAAACGAGGUGAUAGAAAGAAAACGGCCAUGCCCCCAACAUGAUUUUCUACCGGUCGCAUCUCAUUCUAGAAAAGAGUCAGUUACUCCAGGGAGAUUGUAAGCCACUUACAUAGAAUCUUGCAGAGAAUUAUAAAUCAAAGAAGAAGUUGCCGUCUUUCCCUCCGCCACUGUCCUGUCGCGUGACCUUGGGCAAGUCACUUUCUGUGUCUGUGCCUCUGUUUGCCCUCUGGAUCGCUAGUUAGAGUGGAAGCUCUUUGGGGCAGUAUCUUACCUAUCUCAUCUUUGCCAGUCAAGCGUUCGAGGUUACGUCCGUGUCUUUCUGUCUUCCCCCCCGAGGGUGGCUGGAUUUCUGUGUUUUAACAAGACAGUUACUGCAGGAAGGCUGACCUAGAGGCAUAAGAUUUCGCUGUGAAGGAGGGGGUUGGCUGGGAGAGCUGGCUAGCUGCAAAUUCCCUGGUUCUGACGACCCUCCUCUCCUGCUGCUGCUGUGGAUGGAGGACCCGAAUAGCCCAGUUCCCUCAUGUAGGCUCAACUGUGCCACCCCGAGUCCAUGCUCCUGGGGGCCCAGGAAAUGGUGGGGCAGGAUUGGGGUAGUUUUCCUUGCCUUGCCAGGGAGGUGCUGAGCAUAGGAGUGGCAGGCGAGGGGCCCCAGGAGAGGGGGCGUAGGGCCUGCUGUGGCGGGUGAGUAUCUCUGCUGGGCGCCCUUGCCGCUCUCCCAGCUGACAGCCGCCUACGCUUCACAAUCAGAGCCGGUUUAUCGGGAGAGGGGGAACAGGCACUUGGAAGCUUGUUGCCAUCGCCGUUGCCGUGGCAGCAGCAGUCCUGUGUUUCCUGACACGGGGAGAGGUGGGGAGUACAGCAGCUGAGCCGAACGAGGAGGCACCCAGGAGAGUCGAUCCAGCGGGGUCCCCAGGGCCUGCAGGGAGGCUCGCGGACGGAACCCUCUGAACGGGACAUCAGGACCCUGGGAGCCUAGCCACCCAAACAGUGCAUGGAGAGAGUGCAGCAGGGGCCCCAGGCACAUGGAAAGAGCCAGGUCCAUGAGCCCUUUGCGAGGGAUCCACUCCGUAGAUAGUGGGAUAGUUUUAACCAAUGGCACGGACCAUGCCAGGAAGCACGCCAGCCCACCAAUCAGGAGGAGACAUUCUUUGUCUCGUCUCCCCGACGGGGGCGCAGAAGAAUACGGUCCCAUGCGGCCACUGGCUCGAAGGGUGUGGAGUGGAUCGGUGCUGGACCUGCGGGCAUCCUUUCUGGAGAAUGGGAAGAGGGGAGCAGAGCCGGGGGCCUUUCUGCAGGACCCGCCUGGGGUGGCGGAGGGGCAGACAGAAGAGCUGGAGCUCAACAGGGUGAAGUUUGAGCUGUUUUCCCUUAAGCAGAAGCAGAUGGAGAGCUCCCUCGCCAACCUCGAGAGGGAAAAGAGCUGGCUGCAGCUGUCCCGCUACGAAGACCAGAAACAGAGAGGCGACCUGCAAGAGAAGAUCCUUAAUUUGGAGAUGGAAGUGGUCAAAGCCAAAUCCUGUUUGAGCAGAAUGAACCACCGCCCGGUCUCCCCAAGCCCCAGCCAGAGGCUAUCUGCGGGGAAGGAGGAACUGAACCGAGAAAUGACAGCACUUCAGGAAACCCUGAGCGAUUACAAGGAACACAUGAAGGCUUUGGAGGCAGAACGGGAUGAAAUGGCCCAGCAGCUGAACUCAGCCAAAGAGGGGCAACUGCUGGCUUUCAGCCAGACCACCAAGGCCAACGAGAGAGUGACAGAUUCACUCCAGGCGACAAAAGCACUGCACGAGGAACUGGGCAGACUCCAGGCGGCUUACAGCAGCACGAGCCAGGAGAAGGAACUGCUGACUUCCAAGGUGGCCAAGCUGGAGGAGAAAGUAUCUGAGCUGACCCUGAAGCUGAAGCCUGCCCUGUCUGACAGGGAGAGGUUCCUGAAGGAGAAGGAGGCGCUGCAUCAGCAGGUGCAGGAUCUCACCCUGCAGCUGGAGCGGGCGCAGCGGAGCCGCGAGGGAGUCAGCAGCCAAGUGUCCGACCUUCACGUGGAACUGGCGAAUGCCAAGGCCCAGGCCAACCGCCAGGACCAGGAGACAGUCCUGAUGAAGGAGGAGCUGGUGACCCUCAGACAGGUGAAUGAGAAGCUGUCCUCUGAGCUGGGUCAGAGUCAUCAGAGCCUGGAGACAGCCCUGGGGCAGCUCGACCACCUGGAGGUGGAGAAGAAGAUCCUGACCAGCGGGCUCCAGGCCCUGGAGGCGGAGCGCGUGCAGCUGCUGGGAGAGCAGGAGGCGCUGACGUUGGAGCUGCAGAGAGAGGCGGGAGGCCCGGGGCAUGAGGUGGCCGCUCUUCAGACGGCCUGUGAAGGGCUCAGAGCUUCGCAGUUCCAGCUGCAGGUGGAGAAGGGGGCCCUGCAGGCUCGCUGCCUGGAGCUGGAGGCUGCCCUGCGGCACAAGCAGGAGGAGCUGUGGGGCCAACUCACUGAGCAGCAGCAGGUCUCCCAGCACUGGAAGGAGAGGUGGCACCAGCCUGCCAUGGCCCUGAAAACCAAGGAGGAGGAGCUGGACCGAGCCCACGCCGCACACAGGAGCCUGUCUGCCAAGCACGCCGAGCUCCUGGAGGACUGCGAGUUGCUCCAGGUAGAUGUGGAGGAGCUGGCUGAGCUUAGAGGUGCCCUGCGCAGCCUGAGGGAAGAAAACGGAGACUUAACGAGACAGCUGAGGGAGCAGCAACAAGCCACCCAGCUGCUGCAGCUCCAGCGAGAAGCGGCCACAAACGCAUCUGUACAGGGAUCCGGCUCGGAGACGGCGUCAGAACACGAGGCCCUUUACAAGGAGAUCCAGGAAACCCACGACAGGAUAAGGAGGCUGGAGGAGGAGAAAGCCGAGAUGAAGUCUGAGAUCAGGAAGCUGAAGCGGGACGGGGCUUCCGUCCUACGGAUCGAACUGGACGCCUGUAGGCAGGAGCUGGAUCUGGAAAAAAGCCGCAGCCAGGCUCUGAAUGGCAAAGUGCAGCUGCAGCAGUCCAGGAGCUGGGACAACGCUACUCCGCCCCACGAGCUCAAGUUGCCAGCAACCUCCAAUUCCAGAGCAACAUCUGGCUCAGAGAGGGAUUGUCCUGUGUCCUCUCCAGGAAGGUGGGAGCCACAGCAUGGUUUCUCUCAGAUUUCCAGUCCUCGUGGAGAGCCCCCGGCCGUGGAGAGCCCCCCGGGCUUGGUGCUCUCAAGGGGCCUGCCUGAAGCGGAGAGCCUGAAGCAGAGGCUCCAGAAGGAGAUUGCGUCCCGGCAGGAACAGGAGGAGCUGAUCUGGUCUCUGAGAGAGGAACUAGAGGAACUAAAACAGAAGCAGCCAGGAGACAUCAAGCUUAAAUUUGUCUCUCUCGUGCUUCAGGCCUCCCUGGAGGAAGUGGACACUGAGUUAGUCCUGGUCCGAGGAGAGCUGCAAAAGGUUUGGGACAUGCUGAAAACGCGGGAUAUGGCGCUGGAAGAACAGUACCUGGCAUUAGAAUCGGCCAGGAGCCAGUAUGCUGAAUGCAGCUCAGAGAAGCUGAGACUGGAACAGCUCGUCGCCGCCCUGGAGCACCAGCUGGCAGACAGAGAACAGGCCUUGAGGCACCUCCGACAAGCCAGCGAGAUGGAAAAAACCGAGCUGGAGAUCAAAGCCUCCUCCUUAGAGCUGAAGCUGGCAGAAGUGGAGGUCCUGAGAGACAGCUCCUCCCGACGCGACCCAGUGUCCAGCCCCCCGGAGGCACAGAGCUGGGGCCCAGGGCAGAGCCGCUCCCAGGGGAAGUGCUCCCGGUGCGAUGCCUUUCUGGGCCAGCUGAACAAGAUGAUUCAAAGCUGUACAGAGAAAGGGGCUGCCCGGCAGAAGGAACAGGCCCUGGCCUACCUGUGUGAGCUGCAGGGACUCCUCCAGAGUCCCCAAGAUGUCUUGUGGGCCCCCUCCGUCCCCUGGGGCAAGGAGUCACGCACGAGAGGGAACCGAGAGAGCCAAGUCUAUUCAUCCGCUCUGCCCUGCCCCCUGGGGCUGUUUCUCCACAGGGGCUGGCUCAAGGGCUUGUUCAGACAGAGGCAGCAGCUGGAGUCAGGGCCCAGGAAGCUGCCAAGAGAGCAGAAGGACGAGUGCUCGGUGCAGCAGUGGGCGAAGAAAUCGCCAGUGGCAGCUGCGGGGUUGACGCCGCCUGUGCCGGGGGACCGGGGCUUCUCCACCAGCACCGAAGACGCCCGGAGCCUCAGGCUGCAACUGCAAGAGAAAACAGAAAUGAUCUCUGCCAUGGCCGCUGAGAUCCAGGGGCUGCAGCAAAAGAACGAGCACCUGAUGAAAGCGAAACUGCAGUUUCAGCAGCAAAUCCAGGAUAUCCGCAGCCUCCAGCAGCAGCAACUGGAAAGGAGCGACUCAGACCGGUUGGUUUCUAGGCCCUCCAGCUGGCAGGAGUGGGAUGGCUCUGCAUAUCCAGCUGGGGGCAACCCCUUUGCUUCCUCCUUCUGCCCCUUGCCCAGCAGAGAGGCCCCGUACCUCGCCAGGCAGGCGGGGCUGCCCAUGGCAGGAGAGGAGCAACGUUGCUUCAGUUCUGAAAGCAGCAGCAGCCUGUUCCCCAGGCCCCUGGCAGGGAAGCCGUCUCCCCCUUCCUCGCUGCCCCUCCCAGCUUCCUCCACAGCAUCGGGGAAAGCCUCCCCCGAGGCCAGAUCCUCCCCCGUGAGCCCCCGGGGUCAGCCGAUCAGCCAGGAGUCCCCGGAGUCAGCCGAUCAGCCAGGCCCAGGAGUCCUCGUACACUCCCAAGGGGGCAGUGCUGCUCUCGCCGAGACCCUUCCGGGCGCAGCGAUCCACCUCGCCCUUUAA